CUCCCAUCAAGGUUAGUGGCGAGUCAACAUGGCAGCAUGGAAGGUGCUCAGCUCAGGGAUGGGAUUUCUUCAGUCGUCCUUGUCGUUUUCUAGAAAGGCCGGCAGGAGUUCACUGGGGAUGGUGGAACAGUUCAGGAGUUAUUAUGUUGACUGGAGGAUGUUACGGGAUGUGAAAAGGAGACAAAUGGCUUUUGAAUAUGCAGAUACAAGACUUCGUAUAAAUGCCAUUAGGAAAAAUAAUAUUUUGCCAAAAGAGCUGCAGGAGAUAGCUGACAAAGAAAUAGCUGCAUUGCCUCGAGACAGUUGCCCAGUGCGCAUUCGCAAUAGGUGUGUGAUGACAUCACGUCCACGUGGGGUCAAACGCAGAUGGCGUCUUAGCCGUAUUGUUUUUCGGCAUUUAGCAGACCACAACCAGAUGUCUGGGGUACAGCGAUCAAUGUGGUAAUCACCAAAACAACUCAUCAGUUGUGUAUGAAUGAACUGCAGCUUGUUAUACAUUUAAAAAGGAAACAUCCUAAUGUAGAAUAUUGAGUUUCAUACCACGGAUCUGGAAAACCACCUAGCACUGCUCGGAUGUCACUGUUUUUUUUUAAUAGAAUAAAUGCACAUUGGCAAGUUUUUUUUAUUCAUCUAAUUGCACAUGUGUUAUGUUAUUGUACAUUCAAUAAAUUAUGCAACUUUA